AUCUAGUUUCAACCGCCCCUUCAGACUCGAACGCAAUCCAUAGCAAAAGCUCAGCAAAAAAGGCGAGAAUGAAGCGGACUGUGCCUGCGCCUGCACCGCUGGUCCCGCCACACCAGGCCACCAACAGCAGCACCAACAGCAGCAGUAGCAUCAGUGGUAGUAGUAAUAAUCGUAAUAGCAAUAGUAGUAAUAAUAGCAGUCGUCGAAGUAGUAUGGAAGCCGAGCGAAAUGGCGCCAAUUCGCAUAGUAAGAAUGGCGGGAGAUUGCAAAGCCCCACUCCAUCGACUCCAUCGACGGCUACGACGACCUCGACCGCGAUGAUGACUGCGACGAGUCAUGCUGCGACGAGUCAUGCUGCGACUGCACCGCGAGACAGGCUGAGCGCACGGCCAGCGCGCUCACAAGGCUCACCUCGAGCGGCGACCGCUUCUCCUCCUCCUCUGCCUAGUCCUCAUUCUGCUGCCAACACAAAGUCAUCCAAGUCAAGCUCAAGCUCCAAUCCAAGCUCAAGGUCGGGCUCGAGAACAAGCUCGCCAGUCCCAGCAGCAGCGACAUCCGAGCUCGCGCCAAUGCAGGCUGCCGAACGCGAACGCGCGCCAUCAAGCUCAACAACCAACCAUACCAAGAACAACGCAGGCUCAAUGAAGCCAGCAAGUCCAGGGAAUGAGGCAUCCGCGGGCAGCUGGUCGAUCGGGAUUCGCACCAAUCCUGCUCGACGCAAAGCACCUGCGCCGCAAGCCACGGCUGCGACCUCAGACUCGGAUGAUAGUGUUGCAUCAGUCCAACACCACCACCACCACCACGACCACCACGACGGCGCACUGUCAAGCGUUGCGAAACCUGCGGACAUGCUGGACGUUGCACCGGCCGGCGUUGUUUCGCCAAGGCCUGCAGAUGUGCACGAUUCUGCUUCGAGUGCACUUGCGUUUGUCAAUUGGGCGCUCGCAUCACUCGAGUCGCAUCGUGCCACGGAGCAGCAUCUCGCGACGCAAUCCUCGGCGGGCGAAUCAUCAACUGGGGCCGGUUUGCCGCUGCUUCAGGCCAAGCUCCGCGCGUUGGUUGCAGCACGCACGGACGUGUAUGUCUCGCUGCGCACAGCUGCGGAAAAUGCUUCGCAACGUGUGGCGGUUGCUUGUGCUAGACCCGAGACAGUCGGUCGGCUGCUUGAUGUGAUUCUUUCCGAUUUGAAAUCCCCACAAACCACGAGUCCGCUGAAAAUGGCCAUCAUUCGCGUGAUCGCCUGGCUGCUGCAUCACACGACGACGGUGGCAAGCAUUCCCAAUGCCCUGCUGCUCGCUGCCGUGGAGGAUUUGUGCGCUCUUGCCCGCGCAACAAUGAACGACUCGGCCGCGCCUGUCAUUGAACCCUCCAACGCAAAUGUCCCGGCACUCGUCAUGUGGGCGCUGGCCUCUGUCAACCUUCCCGAGCCAGUUGAUCAAGAUGUGGCGUGGAAGGUGGGCGAGCUCAUUGUCCUGAUGCUGUCUGUCAAAGCACCCCCGAGUCUCCAUCGGGCGGCGCUGGAUGCGCUUGAUCGAUGGAUCUCGUACGCCAGGUCUUGGUCUUGUGAUCACUGGUUGGGGCCCAUCCUGGAACUAGCUGUCAAUUCAGAUCGGAUCCAAUCCCCAGACAAGGCAAUCUCGCGCAAAGCGGCCGAGGUCGAAGCGCAUGCUGUGCGAAUCCUCCGGCGCGCUGCCGAGCAGCUUGAGUCACAACCUCAGUCCUAUCGCACCGUGGUUGCAGUCCAGUUCCUGGCCCCUUGCAAUCGCUUACUCAUCCUCCCCAAGCAAACAUUUGCAGCCAGCAAGCGGCAGCUCGCCAGUCCUGCAGCACCCGAUCCCGAACUGAAAGCCUCUUCUUCUGCUGCUGCUGCUGCUGCUGCUGCUACAGACACUCAAGCCAGCUACCCCACCUCCUACGACUACAUUCGACUGUUUAUUCGCUUGCAGGGAAUACGAGCGGUGCGCUCCAACGACCUGUUGGAACUGUUGCAGCUGCUCUUCUUCCAUCCUGAACCCUCUGUUGUCGCCGAGUCGUACCAGAUAUGGCGCUCUCUGCCACGCUCGUUUGCCAUGGUCGGAGAAGCACCUGCGCCGAAAUCCAUCUCUGUGAUGCUCACGCCGCUCACAGUGUCGAGAGAAAUGAGCUCAACUCGCUUGAUGCUCAUGCUGCGCUCGUGGUGGUACACGCUGUUGAGCUUGCACACCAUUGCUGCAGCCACGAGGACCUCUGAUGCUCCGGAUCCAAGCCCGACUGUGCUUGAAGCCACCUUGGAAGGAUUGGCUUCUCCCCAUCCGCUUGCCUACGUGUUUGCCCUGUCCGCCACAUGCCAGCUCGAUGCACGGCAGUUUAUUUUGUGUGCUCUGGCUCGGUUGGUCGCGACUCCACGCUACACUCACGCUCACCUGUCCGCUGGCGGCCAGAACGCGCACUCGAUUGCUGAUCAGCUGGCGCACUACGAAGCUGCUCUCGCGCCCAGUGCUGCCACGACCACGACGUUGCUCGAGUCAUCCGCCGCUCAUCAUAUUGCCUUGGAAGCAGUGCCGCCAUUGGUCCAGCCUCUGCGCUUGACCAGUCUGCCCGAAGCCCUCUUCCCAUGGCGGCAACUCACCGCUUCCGACUGGCCACCGCUGUUUCAGUGGCUUGCGGGUUGCAUCAGCUGGAUUGAUGCAGACUUUCGCCCAACAAAGCCUGGAUUGGCGCCCGCCACAUCGGCCGAGGUCUGGUUUUGUAUUUUCGACUGUCUGUGCGAGCGAGCGGGCCUGCUUCUCGUCGCCGAAUCGCAAGCACCAGCGACCAGCAAGCCGCAAGCAGCAGCGCUUUCGUGCGGCCGCGCCUUGACUGUAUCGUUGCUUCACUUGUUACCAGCCAUCCACUCGCCGAGUUUGCUCUUGGCCGCAGCCCAGUCUCUGCAGCGCCACCUGCCUCCUCACAUUUGGAUCGCCUCGCUGCCGCUUCGAGCUCUACCCCGCAGCGGGCUGCGUGCAGUGAGUGACCUCGACGAGGACGACACGUCGGUCGACCUGUACAACCAGAACGCACAGGCUGCGCACGAUCGCUCCACUCGCCACCCUCAUGCGAGCACAAUUAGUAGUGGUGGUGGGGGUAGUAGUGCUUCAACAACCACAAUCUCGGCCGGCGAGCACGAUAUUGACGCCACGCUCGCAUCAUCGGCCGCUUCGACCUGGUCUCCAGUCGUCGCCAUGCUUCCCUCGUGCCAUGUAGCCCAGGUGCUGCUUUCGACGGCCGCUCCCGGUCUCGCAAAGCACUCCUACGAUGCCAUGGCUCGCAUCAUCAGCCAUGCUCUGCUCACGUCCAUCGAGUUUCAAGAACGAAGCCUGCCCUUCGCUUUAGCAGCGCAGCUCAUGCGGCUGUUGCGGGACGCUGCGGCCCAUCCCUCCGUCUCGGGCGUGCUUCUUUUGGGCAUCUGGGUUGCCAUUGCCUCUCCGCUUGCCGACUUGGUUUCUUCCCACAGCGAUCUCGUCGUCGUGGCCGAGAGUGGGCUUGUCGAGGCCAUGGAGCCUUCUGUACCCUCCACCAACGAGCACGAUCAAGACACUGUCAGCUCAGGCCCAGUUGAUGCCACACACGUUCUGCAGAGUCUGAUGUCUACCCUCGCGUUCCCGCUACGGGCGGCGGUCGAAGUCAAGGCCCAGCCUGUACAGCUGCCUGCCGAUCUCAUUGCGAGUUGGGACCGACUGUUUGCUGCUGUCCACGGUGCCGUUCUACUCAAAUUGCCGCGACACGGCACACUGGCCAUCCUUGGCACUUGCUCGCGCAUUGGAGAUGCAAUGAAGCGACGUGAGGUCAUUAUGGAGGCCGAACAGCGGUCUGCGACACGGGAGAGGCGCAAGAAUGGCAAAGGCGACGACGAAGACGAUGCUGACGACGACGAAGAAGGAAAUGAGCAAGCCAUUCAUCGAGACCCUCCCUCGUUGAUGGCCGACUGUUUUGCUCCGGUUCAUCUGGCUGCAAACGCCGUCCAAACCAUGCUUGCUGCCAGUGCUGGAGCCUCGAACACCCGCAACGGAAAUGGCGCUCGCGGUACUGUCACGCCCAGCACCUCUCCGCUUCCGCCAGUUUUGCUCCAAACGGUAACAAGUGUCUUGCACGCAGCCGUUCCCUUCCUAAUGCAACAUCCUGCCUCUGCAACCUCCUAUGGAAUGAAGCUCACCGCCAUGGACCUCGCUGCGGACGGCGAACACGUCUACGAGCCUUCGCCAUCGGCGAGUGUGAGUGCAUUAAUCGAGUCCAUUACGACGACACUCACCGGCAUCCAAAGCUUUUCUGCGCUAGCCACCAUCUCCGAAGCGCUCAUCCCUGGUCUCGUCUCCUUCUUUUUGAAAGUAAACACUCGGUCAUCCGGAUCAAACUACAUUGGCGUGUUUCACGCCUGCUUUGACACUCUGCGUCGACGGCAGGACUCACAGGCCCCGCUGGGUGAGCGAUGGAACUCUCAAGCGCUUGGCAGCCUUGAAGUGUCGCUGUGUGCCCUGUUGGCCAGCAGUCACGAUGUUCUCCUCAACCUGGUCGUCAAGUUUUGGGCCCAGUCCUUUGCCACCUAUACCUCAUCCCUCAGAUAUCCUGCGCGCUUGCUCGAACUGCUGCGGCAAGUGUCAGAGUCCAUUUUCAUGGUCAUCCCACCACCAUUUGCAGCGGUUGUUGCCACGCGCCAACUCAGUCAAGACGCGAUUCCCACUCCCACCACCACCACCACCACCACCACUACUACUAGCAAAACGACUGCUCAGCCCGCAGCGGAAACGGACGCGGCAGCUCUCAACUCGGACAAUGAUCUGGGAGAGGUUUUGCUGGUCCAACAUCAACACGGAGGCCAAAGCCAAGAAUCUCAGCUGCCGGACGCACCCGCUUCGGCGCUUGAACUGGCCGUGCAGCGAGCGCGAGCGCCACGCGACCGCUGGUUACCCGAUCCCUCGCCAGUAAAAGUGGGAUCGCGGAGCGGCACGCGUGGGCAGGCGUUGGCCCUUGCCGUCUCAACAGCCAUGCCGCCAUCAGUCGGUGCAUUUUCUCAUUUCGCCUCCAAGUCCCCCGAUGCCUCCCGCCUGUCGAUCAAGCGCAAAUCAGAUGUCGCGUUCGAACCGCAAGCUGCAGGCGUGGCUUCUGCAUCGGCAAGCACCAAGUUUGUGCGCAUCACCACCCCUCCGGCUGACGCUCUGAGUAAUUUGACUGGGCUGACUGAGCGGCAGAAGGAUCGUUUGCGCGCGCCGUCCGCAGUACCCGUGACCUACACUGGCGUUGACGCUACAUCGCAAGAUGUGUCAGAGGCGGCUGCAAUGCUCUUGGCUGCUUCGCAACCACUCUUGAAUGAAUCCGAGUCGGAGAACAUUCCAGAAAGUGAUGACGAAGCCUCGCCAGAAGACGCUGCCGAUGCUGCCCCACUCGACGCGAGCAAUCUGCCGCUGAUUCCCGCAGCUUUUGUUCGACGAACGUCCAGUCAGGAGGGACUAGCCGCGUUGGUCGCCUUGUCGUCGACCAUGGCUCCGGCUUCCAGCAGCUCGGGCUCCGCCCUUGCUCAGCCAAUGUCUGUAUUUGACCAGGAAACCGAGUCUUACUCGUCUGGAUCUCCCUCAACAUUGGCUGUCGAAAUGCAGACUCGAGUCGAUGAUCAUCACGGGCAAAUCUCAGAAGCCGCGAUCGCAACCAGUCCGUCGGUACCAGCUCGGGUCGAGCUGGAUGAUCGUUCAAAGUUGAUUCUGCCUGCCGAGCCAGCUGCUGCUGCUCUUCCUCCUCCUCCUCCUCCGCCAGCCUUGCCGGAAACUAACGUCGGUGCCAAUCCCGCACCCGCGCCUCGAGUCAAGCGCGUCUGCAUCCGCGAGGAGCUCAAUGUCAUCCACCAGUUGCCAAUUUCAAGCGAUUCCGACAGCUCUAGUGAAGAUGAGGACCUCCUGCCCACAACCGCCGACGAUGUGGACGAUCUGGUUUCGCUGGGCUUGCCACCGCUGGCCGCGGCACGGUUGCCACAGCGGCUCGAUACUCGGCAGCAAAUGCGAGCCGAGCAAGUCCCUUCGCUGAAAAUGUACCAUGGAUCGACAGGGUAUCAACCCCUCUUCAUGCCCGUUGACACGAGCAUGGGCGCCUCGCGUGGCGGGCUUUUGGCGACGCCGUCUCGCCGCGCUCGGCUUUCCUUCCUGUCCUCUCCUCCACCCCAAUCUAGCAGUUCGCAACGAGGUUUGCUGCCUGGGAGCCCAUUGGCGUUGUCGAGCAGCAGCAGCAGCAGCACCCCUUCCACCGCUGCCAUGUCCGACGCCCAGAAACUCGAGUCGGGCGCGCGACUCUGGUCCUCUCUUGCUGCAGACCCUGUUUCCACUGCGCCAAAGCUGUCUGACACGGAUGCCUUGAUUGCCCUGGCGGCAACAACGGCCAGUCUGCGGGCCGAGCUCAAGGAUUGCACAAUGCCGCUGAUUGAGACGCUCGGACUCGCAGCCAUUCGUGCCACGCCAGGCAAGCGGCAAGUGCUGCAAUCCGGCGGCCUCAAGACGAUUGCCGAGCUGCUCGAUGCCUACCCCAGCGACGAUCAGCUCAACCAACUUCGCCUCGCGGCCUCGUGGGAGCGCAUGGUCGAGGCGCUUGGCAUUAUCGCGACCAUUUGGCGGGCGACGCAUCACAAAGCGCGCACUUCCGCGUCCACCAGUGCUGACCAGAAGCCUGCAGUCGCGGGACCAGCAGUAUCAGCGCCAUCCGCUGACGGAGCAGCUUUGGAGCCAGUCGCAGUCGGGCUGCAUCUGAGCCAACUCGAGUCGAUGGACGCGCUGGUCCACCGCAUGACAAGAGACGAGGCGCAGACCCUCCGCGACCGCACGCUACUCUUACUAGAGCAUCUAGAUGCUCGUUUGAAGCAAGGAUAG